CAACACAAUAUUCGAUUGUUCACCUUUUAUCACAAAGACCCAUAUACAUCAAUGGCUUCCUUCACUCGAAGCUUCUUCUUCUUCUUCAUCACAAUCUCAACACUUCUUCUCUCCACGCAAAUCCAUGCAAGAGAGAGCUAUUUCUUUCACAAGUUCCAAAGAGACAAUGCCCACGACAAAAACCCUAGCUUUGUCCCUCUCGAGGCGAAUCAGAAGACUACAUCAGUGGACGUACUUCCCGAGAAAGAGGAAGAACAACAAGGGUACGGUUUGUACGGCCACCAGACAACAUACGACAACAAUGAAGAGAAUCCCAACUACGAGCCUUACAACGCUCAAGGCCUUAGCCAAAACGAGGAAUAUUCCUACUCGAAAGACAAGGAGAAUUACAACAACAACAAUGGCAAGAACUAUAACAGCUACAACUCAAAUGGGUACGGAGGAGAAAGAUCAUCAGAGUACAACAGUUACAACAACAACAACGCGGAGAGACAAGGGAUGAGUGAUACGAGGUUCAUGGAGAACGGUAAGUACUAUUACGACGUUAACGACGAGAACAAUCACGGUGACUUGUACAAAAAGCAUUACAGUCGAAACCCGAGUUACGCAGUGAGUAAUUACGACCGGUUUGGACAAAACAACGGUGAACGGAACAGCUUCCAGGAUCCGUACAACUCCAAGUGGGAGAAGAACAUGAUGAUGAAUGAACAAGGGCAAGAGGAAGAAUUCGGAGAAGAGCAACAAGACGAUCAGUUUGUACCAUGAAGACAUUAAUAUUAAUGGCCAUGCAUUGUUCAGUCCAUUAUUAAUUAAGACAUAUAUAUGAAACAGUUAGUAUCAUUUUCAGUUAUGGUGGGUGAUUUAUAUAUCUAUAUAUCAAUCUACAUUUAUAAUUUUUCAUUA